AUGGCUCCAAAAAAACUAGACGAAGGAUUAUUUCCUGAAUUCGUGGGUUUUGAUGAAUUGACGGAAAAAGGUAAAAAAGGGGAAAUUUCAAUAAGUCUUUCUGAAUCACAGUACGACGAAGAUGACGAUUUCGAACACCCAAGAGAGUAUGAACCAACUUUGGCUGAUAAAAUUGUCAAUUAUCUUCUUUGCAGGCCAGAUUUAGCAAACAGAAAGUUGGAAUACAAGCCUGUUUCGUUUGGUGGUUUGUUUGGAGAAUUCACAAGUUGUAUGGUUCAAAAGAGAUACUGGGCAGUAUUCUACAAGCGUUUAAAUUUUUCAGUACAUGUGUUUCUCAGUGGCAUGUACAAGAAUCACUGCCAGGAUGCGGAGCUAUUUUUUACAAGCAGUUCUUCGUCAAAACGCUGCAACAUUGACCGUAUUCGAGAAGGGAUUGGAGAUAAAUUAGGGCUGCUUGUUCGUGGUACAGCAAUGUUUUUUACAGCUUUAACUAUUUCAUUUAUAUACCAAUGGCGAAUUGCUCUUAUAAUGUUUCCAAUUACACCAAUUUCUUGUUUUAUGAUGGCUCAACUUGCGCAGACGUUGGAAAAUUUGACUGAGAAAGAGUUGGUGGGAGUUGGUAAGGCAGGUUCGAUAGCUGAAGAGGCUAUAUUAGGUGUACGGACUGUUCAGGCAUUCAAUGGUCAAGAUGAACUUGUUAAUCGAUAUGAAGAAGAAUUGAGUAAAGGAAAACGAUAUGGAAUUAUUAAAAGUGUAUUUGGUGGUUUGUCUGGUGGCGGCUUUUACCUCUUCUUGAAUGUAUUUGCAGGAGCAGGAAAUUUAUACGGUGGAUACUUGCUUCAUGAUGGAAUAAUGAACAAACCCGGAGAUGUGUUUACUGCAGUGAUGGUUAUGCUUAUGGGCGCUUAUUUUCUUGGUCUUAUCAGCCCACAUUUGAUGGUGAUGCUUAAUGCUCGAGUAUCUGCCGCUAUCAUUUAUCAAACAAUUGAUAGGACACCAAAAAUCGACGUUUACUCAAGAUUAGGAAAAAAACCAAAAAAUGUUCGCGGAAGAGUAGUUUUCAAAAAUGUUCAUUUUCGAUAUCCUACACGAAAAGAUGUCAAAGUACUGGAUGGACUAAACGUCGAGAUUGAGGCUGGCAAAACAGUGGCGUUCGUCGGUCACAGUGGUUGUGGUAAAUCAACUUCUGUGGGCCUCUUGACUAGACUGUACGAACCAGAAUUUGGUGCAGUAACUAUUGAUGGAAUAGAUGUUCGAGAAUAUAAUAUUGCAUACUUAAGAAAUGUUAUAGGCAUUGUGCAACAAGAGCCUGUUCUUUUUAAUGAUACUUUGGAGAACAACCUUAGGUUUGGCGCGCCAGAUGCAACUCUGGAACAAAUGAAAGAGGCUUGUCAUAUGGCAAAUGCUAAUUCGUUUAUCGCAAAACUUCCACAGGGUUAUAAAACUCGGAUUGGAGAAGGAGGAGUUCAACUUUCUGGUGGUCAAAAACAGAGGAUUGCAAUUGCUCGAGCUCUUGUAAGAAACCCAAAAAUUUUACUUCUUGAUGAGGCUACCAGUGCACUAGACGCUCAUUCUGAAGCUGUUGUUCAGGAAGCUUUGAAUAAUGCAGCAAUAGGACGCACAACUAUUAUGAUUGCUCACCGUCUCUCUACAGUGAAAAAUGCAGAUAAAAUUUGUGUAUUUGAGAAGGGCACCAUUGUUGAACAAGGAACCCACCAUGAACUGGUUAAAUUGGGUGGUCGUUAUGCUCAACUUGUUAAAGCACAACAGUUCCAACAAGAUGACGAUGAAGAAGUGGGGGAAAAAGAAAGAAUAAAUGAGGAUAUCAGUUUUGACAACGAAUCAUCUAAACGACUGCUUGGUAAACGAGCUUCUAUGAUUCGUAGUUCACGUACAAGCAUCAUGUCUGAUCAUUUCGGUACCGAUGCUUUUAUUUGCGGUAGCAUCCUUAAUGACAGCUUUACAAGGAACAGUGUUAGUGUUUCGAUGCGCGGUCCAUAUUUGAUGGAGAACAUGGUUGGUGCAGUUCCAGAACCACUACUGGAAAAAGAAGAGGAGUGGUCGCCAAGCAUUUUUCGCAUUUACAAAGAAGCUAAAGACAACUAUUUGACUAUGAUACUCGGGACGUUUUUUGCUAUGGUUUCUGGUCUUCACCUGCCGUCAAUAUGCCUCAUCAGCAAAUUUAUUUUUGAAUCUUUUUUAACUGUAAGCUACGACGAUCACAUGAUGCACAGAUUAUAUAUGGUAAUGGUGAUGUUUUGCAGCUGCGGUUUUGGAGUUGCCGUACUUCAGGCUUUUGCGGUAGGCUUUUCAUACAGCACUUUUUAUGGAAUUGCUUCUGAAAAUAUGGCUCUUUCAUUUCGGGUGCGGUCAUUUCGCAACAUUCUUCUUCAAGAAGCUGCAUAUUUUGACCAACCAGAACAUACUCCUGGAAAAUUAAUUACUCGUUUAGCUUCUGAUGCUCCGAACGUUAAAGCCGUGAUUGAUUCUCGUAUGUUGCAAGUGGUUUUUGGUGUAACUGCGAUUUCCAUCAAUACAGUUAUUGGUUACGUUUACUGUUGGCAGGUUACAACUUUAGGACUUACCUGUUCGCUGUUGCUUGCUGCUCUACAAAUAGUACUUUCAAAAAUGAUUUUGAAGAAAGAUAGAGAGCUUGUAGAAAUUGAUGAAGCUGGAAGGUUGGCUGUCGAAAUAUUUGAAAAUGUCCAGACGAUUCAACUUUUGACAAGGGAGGAAGUUUUUCACAAAAAUUAUGACACAUCUUUGAAGCAACAGAAAAAAUUUGAAAUUUCUAAAGGUUGGAUUGAAGCUAUGAAUUUCUGUGUAUCUCAAACAUUCCAAUUCUUUAUGCAUAUCCUCACAACUUCUUUGGGCAUACACCUUAUGAAUAACGGUUCAGUAGCUGCAGAAGAUACCUUUAUCUCGAUUAUUGCAAUGUUCCUCGGUGCCGUUGGAAUCAUGAAUGCUGCAUCGUACUUUCCAGAAUUUGUCAAGGCGCAGAGUGCAUCGGGUUUGCUGUUUUCGACAAUGAGUCGGGUCUCGAAAACCGGCGAUUACAAACAGGGGGAAAAAAUUGAUUUGAAAGGUAACGUAAUGUUUGAAAAUGUGAGCUUCUCUUAUCCCUUGAAACCAAAAGAUCCAAUUAUGAAGCAGUUGCAAUUUACUGCAACUAGGGGGCAAACGGUGGCUCUCGUAGGUCCGUCUGGUUGUGGCAAA